AUGGCAGAAGGGACCCGAUUUUCACAACUUUCUGAAGUGGUUACACAGCUGAAAAAUGAAAAUACAGAAAUGAAGGAGGCCCAGACUCGACAGCAAACUUUGCUGGAGGAACUUGUCAAGCAGAUGAAGGAAAGAAGGGAUCGUGGUCUUUGUUACUACUGUGAUGACAAAUGGGCUUUGGGACACCGGUGUAGAACUCCCAAUCUAUUCCUUUUGGAAGGGUUGGAGGCUGAAACUGAGGAGGACAUUUUUGAAGAUGUCAGUGAAGAACCUGCAAUGAGAGAAGAGCAAAACACAGAUCAAGAAUGA